CGAUGAGAAUUUAAACUGCUAUAACCGUCCUAUAUCACUUUUACCUAUACUAUCCAAGGUAUGUGAACGAACUGCAUUAAAUCAAUUCCUUCCAUAUCUUGAAUUACAUGAUCGAAUAUCUGUGAAGCAGAGUGGCAAUAGGGAAUCACAUUCCACUGAAACAACUAUGAUACAUACAACAGAUGUUAUUUUGAAUGCUAUCAAUAAACAGAAAGUAACCGCUGUGGUGCUUUUGGAUAUGAGCAAGGCGUUUGACAGUUUGAAUCGUGGGAUUCUUCUAGACAAAUUGCAAGAUGUUGGUGCUUCGACAUAUGCCUUAAAGUGGUUCGAAAAUUAUUUGUCCAAUAGGAAACAGGCCGUGCGCAUUAAUUCCCACAGGGCAGUAUAUUGGGGCCACUCUUAUUUACGAUAUACGUUAACGAUUUGUCAACUGUCCCUAAAAAUAGUUAGUUCCAAGUGUUAUGUCGAUGAUACCAAACUGUUCAUGUCAUUUCAUGUUCAUGAUUUUAAUAACACUGUCAUUUCCAUGAACCAAGAUCUGCUUGGUAUUCACAACUGGUGUUUUGACAACUGUUUGUUAUUGAACCCAG